UAACUCCUCCACCAAGUGAUCUUUCAUUACUCCUACAGAUAUCUUUGUUCCCAUCUGAUUUUUGUAUUCCGUUUAAUUAGGAUUAUCAGGCAUAAAUGGGUGUGCUCACAUUCACUGAGGAAGUUGCUUCCUCUCUCCCUGCAGGAAAACUGUACAAGGGUUUUUUCCUUGACAUUGAUACCAUUCUUCCCAAGAUUUUGCCAGACUUUAUCAAAAGUAUUGAAAUCGAAGGGGACGGUGGAGUUGGAACUAUCAAAAAUGUCACUCUUGCCGCAGGCUUGAAAGUAGUCAGCAUGAAGCAAAGAGUCGACGUAAUUGACAAAGAAGCACUGGCCUUCACCUACAGCGUCAUCGGAGGUGACAUACUAUUGGGAAAACUUGAGUCUAUAGUUAAUCAGUUCACUGUUGUUCCCACUGGUGAAGGUUGCCUUCUGAAGAUGACUACUAUUUAUAAUCCGAUAGGGGAUGAAGUGAUCCCCCAAGAGAAUAUCAAGGAAGCUGCUGAGGAAUCAGCAAAGCUCUUCAAGGCUGUUGAGGCUUACAUCCUUGCAAACCUCGACGAAUUCUAGUUAACAAACUCUUCCUCCAGCGUGUUUAAUGUAUUCUGUUUUUCAUUGCCCUCACUGUGAUGUCCGCAUGGGUUAAGCACCUGAAUAAAUUCACGUUUGUCACAAGUUCAUGUUUUGUAUUUCCAUCAAGACAGUAGCUCUGUUUUACUGUUGUAAUAUAUUUUCUUUUUCAGUAAAAUGUUCUGGAGUGCUUUUGAAUCA